AUGCUGGUGCUGCCGUCUCCCUGCCAGCCCCUGGCGCCUCCCCCUAUUGAGGCCAUGGAGGCCCCUCUUCCCCAGACAGGUGGGUCCCCAGAACCUGGACCUUCCUCCACCGGAUCUCCCCAGACUUCGUCCCUUCCGAGGCCCAACCACUACCUUCUCAUUGACACCCAGGGUGUUCCCUACACAGUGCUGGUGGACGAGGAGUCGCAGAGGGAGCCCGGGGAUGGUGGUGUUUCAGCCCAGAAAAAGUGCUAUAGCUGCCCGGUGUGCUCGAGGGUCUUCGAGUACAUGUCCUACCUUCAGCGACACAGCAUCACCCACUCGGAGGUGAAGCCCUUUGAGUGCGACACCUGCGGGAAGGCAUUCAAGCGGGCCAGCCACCUGGCGCGGCACCAUUCCAUUCACCGGGCCGGUGGUGGGCGGCCCCACGGCUGCCCGCUCUGUCCACGCCGCUUCCGGGAUGCUGGGGAGCUGGCCCAGCACAGCCGGGUGCACUCAGGGGAACGCCCGUUCCAGUGCCCACAUUGCCCACGCCGCUUUAUGGAUCAGAGCACGCUGCAGAAGCACACCCGGUGGAAGCAUCCAUGAGCUGCGACCGGCACCACAGGAACCAUGGGACUUGGGACUCCUGAAGCCCUCACACACCCACAUGAGCUACAGGCUUUCAGGGCCCUGGACACAAACACACACUGGUCUCUUUGGGUGAGCCCUGCCUGGAGGAGUCCUUUGUCCAUGAUGGCAAUGAGCUAGUAUUGCACGGU